UCUGCAGCUGUAAUCUGCUUUACUUCAGGGACACCUUGUGGACCUCCUCCCUCCCGGACGGUGAUUGGCUCUUUACUCUAACCCUUCCACGCUAUUGGCUAAUACACCUGUCAAUCAAAGUGACUUGGCUUGGCGCUUUGAAAGCAUCCGCACCCUGCUUCUGUCAGCAAAGCUGCUGGCUCGAUAAAACACGCCAAGCAGUUAAAGUGUAACUACAAAUCGUUGCACUUUGGCUGCAAAAAUGACGCGUUAGUUUUGGUGAAGGGGUGUGAACAACUCAGUUAAAUGACUGGACUCUUUGGAGGAAACAUCACCAUGGAGCCUGAAGGGGAGGUCUGUGCUCCUGCUCAGUCCAGAGAUUCUGCUGCACACCACAAUGUUUCUGUGAAAGGCCUCAAAGACAACUGGCAGAAGUGGUCCAGUGAGCGGCAGGAGUACCAGAAGAACAACCCCUUCAGCCACCACACCAGACCGAGCGGGACAGUCCAUCAGAGGGGACAGGAUGAUUAUGGAAGACCCCUGCAGGGAUCCCUGACGGAGCAACGUGGCAAAGAUGCCCAAACGCUCAUCAGCAGAGAGGUCCAGGAGCUCUGUGACGUGAUCCGGAGCAUCGGGGAGCUGAAGGAAAGAGAUGGAGCUGGGAAAGUGGUUACAGUGGAAUUUGGGAAGCUGUUUGAGCAUUAUGUGACUAUCUCUAAUAAACUGGUGGGAAUACUUUUACGCGCCAGGAAGCAGAGACUGGUUGACUUUGAGGGAGAGAUGCUUUGGCAGGGGAAGGACGAUCAUGUAGUUAUCACCCUGGAACAAUGACUACAAGAACUCCUAAAGGAGAGGACGCCUUUGUUUACAUUGUAUUAUUAUUUUUAGUCACAUAUAUAUAUUAGGAAAACACACUUUUUAAAUUCUUGAUGUAAUUAUAAAAGUAUUAUUGUUUCUGUUAUUUUAUUAUUAUACUUUCUAUAGAACCCACUCAUGUGAAACUAGGGGAAAAUCGAUUUGGCUAUAUAUUUUGAUAUUUUGUUUGGCGAUACAUGUAUCGAUUUAUAAUAUUGACAUGACAGUAUUUAAUGAAUUAUUUAUAAGCGUUCUUUAGCGUCUAAUUUUUGUUUUCCAUAACAGCCAUUAUAAAGCGGUGCUUCAUAAUAGGUGUUUUGAUACAAUCGUGGAAUAUAUCGUGAUACGUAUUGUGAGACGUGUAUUGGGAUUUGUAUCGUAUCGCCAGAAUAUUGCCAAUACACACCCCUAUGUGAAGCUUCUUCUUCUUUUUUUUUGCUUUUUUGAUAAACAGCUCUUACUUUUAGCAGCCUAGAGUAGCAAAAAUGCAAGUUAAUUAUAUGCACUAAUCUGUACUUUUGAAGUACAUACUAAGCAGAGUUUUGUGUUUUUGUUGUGAAAGUAGGGAGCAGCUGAAGGACAGCUAGAAUGAAACUGAAACUUUUCCCCAGUGAACAUGUACCUGUCUGUGACAUAGAAUGAAAUUGAUCCGACUUCACUGGAUGCAUAACGGCACAGUUAUAAAAGAGAGAUCUCCCAAACGACAACUUCACAUCUCUUUUGUUUGAAACUGUAAUGAAAAAAUAGGAACUAACUAAUGCUUUAUUUAAACUUGCACUAGGUAAAAAUCAGCUUAAACAACAAAGCCUGUUGAAAUGGUGAAACAAAAGCCGUGGUUUCAUGUAACUGAAGAUGUAAGCACCAGCUUGUGUAGUUAAACAUAGAGACGUGGGUGUCUGUUAACUUUUAGAGGACAGUGCAACAGCAGAGCAGCUAACAUAUUUAUUAUAAAUGAAUGCUUAUAUCUUUUACACAUUUAUUUGAUUAUAUUCAGUAUUUAAGAGUGGCAUCAUUUUUUUUUCAUGAAUGUAAGUUUAUCUUUCAGAAUAAAAGCUGGCGUGUUGUCAAAAAGUCAAGUUUCUUUAGUGCUAUAUUAAGUUUAACCAAACAUCUAACAUCAUUUAUCACUUGUUUUAACGUCUUAAAGUGUGUACAUUUGUUUCUUCGGCAUACUUAUCAUUUUCCAAAUAUAUUUUCCUUUACUUUAGACAAAAAUAUAUAUAUACAUUUAUAUCCCUAAUUUAAACACAUUUCUCAUU